UCCCGUCUAUCUCAUAUACACCCCAGAUUCGCUCCUAAAACCCUAAAUCGUGCAUAUACCCCGGUAAGAUUUUCAUUUUUCCUGCUUUGCCUACAAAUCGGAUUCUUCAAAAUCCUCCACAUCUAGAGCUACCAAUCAGCCAACUUUGAAUUCCAUCUCACUGAGGUCCAAUGGCUGCUGCUCCUAACAAUGCGCCGACGGCUGUGGACAAGGAACAGAUUUUUGGUAUGGCAGAGAAGGAGAUGGAGUACAGGGUUGAGUUGUUUAACAAGCUUACCCACACAUGUUUCAACAAGUGCGUUGAGAAGAAGUACAAGGAGGCUGAGUUAAAUAUGGGUGAAAACAGUUGCAUUGAUCGCUGUGUCUCAAAAUACUGGCAUGUAACAAAUCUAGUUGGACAGCUGCUUGGUGCUGGUCGGCCUCCAAUGUAAAACUUAUGCCUCAUCUGAUUUGGGAUUUACAGUGCUUGGCUGGGUGGGGUGAUGUGGAGAUUGUAAUUGUUCACAUUGUUAUGCCUUUUUGUUUUUUAACAAAUUGUCAUAAGCUGGUUCCAUUUUGUGGUCAAAGAAAGAAAUAGGGACAGUUUAACAUAUGCCGCACUAGGUUCAUAAUAGAAUUGGGCAUCCAUAAUGAGGAUUUUUUUUCAAAUUUUCUGUUGAAUAACUGCCAUUGUUUUUAAUUGUUUGGUUACAGCAUAAAAUGUUAGGGUACUUCUACCUUUUCGGCAGCAUUGUGAACUGAAAGGAGCGAUAAGGGUUUUUCUGGUUUAUUAAUAUACUUGCUGCAUUGUUUGA